CCAUUCUAUUCAGAAAACAAAGGAGGGAAAAGGGGCAAAAUCAAACAUUUUUUUGUUGACUCAUUAAUUAGUUUGUCAGUAGUGCCUGCAGCAGGGCUCAACUAACAGCUAAGAAAUCAACUAUAUCAAGACUUUUUAGUUAUUUCUGGGAUCCAGAUUUGAACCAUCUUGGGUUGUUUGGUGUGGUGAGAAGUGACAUGAUCAUUGCUCAGUGUGUGCUCUCCAGAGGGAGCCCUCCAAGGGUGCUCUGUCCCUCUCUCUGCUCCCAAGUGUUAAUCUCCUUUCUCUGGGAGAUUAAAAGAAAAAGGUGGUUUCAUCUCCAGGCAACACCCUGUGCCACAAAAAUGGUUUCUGUGCAAUAGUCCUAGAAAGUAGAUCCAAGGAGAUAAGAUCGGACUGGAAUGAGAUAACAUCAGCCAAAGAAAUGGUGCUGGAAUUAACAAGAAGGAAAACAAGCACAGAUGAAUUCAGUGAGUGUGAAAGCUACAGGGCCUGCUGGGCUGGUCCUGCUCAGUCAGCUGUGGAGAAACACACCCAGGAGAAAGCCCAGCUGCCCUGCCGGCACGCAGAGCUCAGUCCUGCCAUCACCUUCACCGGGGAGGCUGCAGGUGUCCAUGUGCAGCUGAAUAGGUCUGGCUGAGCCCAGCACCUGCACAGCCUUCGCUGGAAAAUCAAGGUUUGUCCCUGAGGCAGCCUGCAUGUGGGAACGACCUCCUCCAGCAGAGAAGAUGGGCCAGAAGGUCUCCCAGGAGGACAACCAGGAGAACAAGGCUGAAAUGCUGGUCAUCUGUGAAGUCUUCAGCCAGGGUGUGCUCCAUGCAUCUCAAAGGCUGAAGGACUACCUGGGUUUUGUGGAUCCUCAAAGCAAAUUCCAGCCGGCCACGAACACGCUGAGCGAGAUCUUCCUGGUCAACUUCAUCGGCUUCUGCGUGGGCAAGGGCAUGGAGGAGCGGAUCAUGACCAGCAAAAUGACCAAGCAGCAGUCCUCCCUGUUCGGAGUGGACUGGAUCUGGACUCUGUGUGGGUCUGACAAGCAGAUCAAGCUGCAGAUCGCCGUGCAGGCCCUGCAGCCGGCCGAGCUCUUGCAGGACGAGGGCGCUGCCGAGGAUUGCUGCCGGGAGGCCGCGCUGGCCGACGAGUGCUUCCAGAACAUGAGCAGGUUUGAGAAGCUGGCCCAGUUCUGCCGCCUGGUGGGACGGGACUGCCUGGGCUUGUUCGUGGUGUUCGGCGUGCCAGGGAAGCCCAAGGACAUCCGAGGAGUCCUGCUGGACAGCGUUGCCAAGGAGGAGCAGAAAUGCCGCCUGUCGGGCAGGAAUGCGCUGCGGCAAUUCGUCACCAGCACUGACAGCUCCCUGCCCGCAAAAGACAUGCUGGAAAUUUGCCUGGGCACCAAAAGCAGGCUGAAGGAUGUGGGCAAUGUGUACAUAAACUUUGUGUGAGCAGCUGGGCAGGAGCAGCGGCUCCGUGCAGCACCGGGGGCCGCGCGGGGCUCAGCUCUGCCCCGCUCUCUCUCCUCCCCACACUCCAUUGCCCCCACCUUCCCCUGGACCCAUCGUGUUCCCUUAGCUCCUGCAGGAGCCAGGCUGAGUCAGCCUCUCCAGAUUUUAAAACAACAGGAUGGAUCUGCCAGAAAAAAGUGUUUAUAGAAGGCACGACGUUUUUCCAGAACAUUUUGUUCGCCAGACAUUAAGUCUUGGCUGGAUCUGCUGAGAGCUUUAUCAGCCAGAGCUCUGGGGAGGUCCUGGUGGAUUUGACUCAGAGCCUUUGUUUGCAGUGUGGCAGAUUUUUUUUCUGUCCUAGGAGGGUGAGUCUGUAAUAAUGGAAAUGUGCUGGUGCUGGUCAGAAGAGUUGCAAUGAGUGUGAAGGACAAUACCAGGCCUUAAAAUGACUGAUUUGAAGGAGUGAGCAGUUAAGAGGAAAAGCCCUUCCCAGUGCCAGAAAUGGGCUCUGAGAGAGACUUAUUAAUUACCUGCUCCCUAAUUGGUGCCAGGUUCCACAGGGCCUUGGAGCUGUGAACAAAUGGCAGGGCUGGAGCCGAUUCCAAAGCUUUUCUCACUCAGUGGCUGUGUCAGGGCAAGGUGUGGCAAAACCAAGGGGCCAGGUGUUCAAGAACACUUGGGAAAAAUCGAGCAAUGGCAACAAAAAACAGGCCUGAUGUAGGUGGGACCUUUCCAUAGCAACAGAGUCAGCCCCUGACCAUUCACAGCAGAGAGCAAAUCUGGAGGAGGCAAGAUUAUGUCACUUGGAAUUUUUUUUCAGUAGCUUAGCAGCUGAUGGUAUUUAUGGGCUUGAUUUAUUCUAUUUCCCUCAGCUUUUACUGAACUAAGGCUUUUGGGUUAUACAGUUAUAAUUACUUGCUUUAACCAGUGAAGCAUGACCUGAUCCAUAUUUAAACUGGUAAACUCACUUUGGUUAUAGCUGAGUGAUUAAUCUUGUUAGUGCAAAACUCAU